UAUACAUAAUUAUACUUGAGAACAAUAAUUUAAGUGGACAGUAUAUUAACUACAGACUUUAAACAUUUUAAGGAAUAAGAUUAUGAGUGAAAACACAUUUCAAGCUGUUUAAUUUCCAACCGUUGGAUCUUCCGUUUCCCUCCAAAAAGAUCAGCUCAUAUGACCUUUUCCUCAGAAACAGAGGAAAAACAAAAAAGAAACAGAGGAAACGUUUCAAUGGCGGAUCUAAAGAACCUCUUCCUCAUCACGAAGCACCAGAUUUUUCUAACUUCACUCUUCUUUCUCUCCCUCUUCCUCCUCUCCUCGUCCCUUCUCCCAGUUCUCUCUCCCUCGCUGAUCGUCUCCAGCUUCACCUCUCGUCUUCUCACAGCCGCUAACUUCUUCUCCUCACCUUCUCCCACUUCAGCUUCUUCAGACACAGCCACGCUAUACUCUGUUUCCCCGAGAAGAAUCCGAGUCAAGAACGAGUCCAACAAGAUAGAACUGAGUUCUUGCGACAUAUUCGACGGAAGCUGGGUCUCCGACGAUACUAAACCGGUUUACUCUCCCGGUUACUGCCCUUUCGUUGAAGAUAAGUUCCACUGCUUCAAGAACGGUAGACCCGAUUCUGGUUUUCUCCGUUAUCGUUGGCAGCCUCACGGAUGCUCGAUUCCUAGGUUCGAUGGGAAGAAGAUGCUGAAGAUUCUGAGAGGGAAGAGGCUUGUUUUCGUUGGAGAUUCGUUGAAUAGAAACAUGUGGGAGUCUCUGGUUUGCUCACUUAGGUCAGCGUUGGAAGACAAGAACAGAGUUUCGAAGGUUUCUUGGAGAAGAAGUAACCUUCGAAACGAAGGGUUUUACGGUUUUAGAUUCAAAGACUUUGAAUGCUCUGUGGACUUCAUCAAGUCACCGUUCCUCGUUCAAGAAUCAGAGGUUUUAGAUGGUUACGGGAAGAGGAAAGAGACGUUGAGGCUUGACGUGAUCCAAGGAUCGAUCAAGAAGAUAUACAGAAACGCAGCUGUUAUUGUGUUCAACACUGGUCACUGGUGGACUCACCAGAAAACAUAUGAAGGGAAAGAUUAUUUCCAGGAAGGGAAUCGAGUUUACGAGAAGUUAGGAGUGAAAGAAGCUUACACGAAAGCUCUUCAUACGUGGGCUGAUUGGGUUGAUUCCAAUAUCAACAUGACAAAAACUAGAGUCUUCUUCGUUGGCUACUCCUCUUCACAUUUUAGAAAAGGGGCGUGGAACGCAGGAGGGCAAUGCGAUGGAGAAACAAGACCGAUACAAAACAAGACGUAUACAGGAGGGUAUCCAUGGAUGAUGAAAGUGGUGGAAUCAGUGAUCUCGGACAUGAAAACGCCUGUGUUUUACAUGAACAUUACGAAGAUGACUUGGUAUCGAACCGAUGGUCACCCUUCGGUUUACAGACAGCCUGUGGAGGUCCGUGGAAGUUCUCCUGCAACCGGAAUGUUCCAAGAUUGUAGCCAUUGGUGUCUACCUGGAGUUCCAGACUCAUGGAACCAGCUUCUUUAUGCUACUCUGCUAGUUUCACGUAGUUCCUUGCCUUACAAGUCACUUGGAACUCUCUUGUGAGAUGGUAUGAAUAUAGUUUAACUCCACUAACAAAAAUAGCGAUGGAAAUAAAUAGUUCUAGCUAGGUUUUUUGUUUUGUUCUGUGUGUAAAAGAAUAUACCUUAUUUCUUUUUUUUUUUUUUGCUAAAUCUAUACCUUAUUUCUUUCGGACGCAUAUUCGUUUGUAUUAGUUUUGAGCACAUACAUUAUUGUAGCUAACGUACACUUGAUUGGCAAUGAGUUAAAGUUCCAGCUUGUGCCAUGUGCACCUGUAGAUACACAUGAUCGUGAUGGGGCUUCGCACCCAUUCCGAUUAUACCAACAGUUUCUCUCUUUUUCAUUGGUAAAUCGUGUGACCAGUAUUUUUUUAAACUAAUCGUGUUUGUGAGGAAAUACCCUAGCUUGUUUUAUCACUCUCUUCUUAACUUAUAUACGUAUAAUCGUAUUUAUUCAUAUCAAACUACGAUGUUUUAAGUACGUUGUGACAACGGUCCACGAUACAAAACAAAUAUCUUGAUUUUAUAUCCUUUGGUCUUUCUCAUUUGUGAUUUGUUUUUGGAGGAUUUAUCAAAACUUAUUGUUUUUUUUUUUUGCAAUUGUUUGUGUACAUAUUUACAUUACAUUAUUACUAAUUUGUAUUUCUCUAUAAAAAUGCAAACCAAAGGAAUCCAUACUUUGUGAAUUCGAAUGUUCUCAUCAGUUUAAACAAAUCCGCAUAAAUGUUAGUUUUGAAGGAUAUACAGGUAAUGAAAUCAGUAGGUCAAGUUGAUUAUUAUGUGUAAAAAUGUCUUAGAAUUCUGAUCUCAUCAACUGUAUAUCCCGCAAAACUUUUGUUCAUGGUUGAUCUUCG